AUGGCGACUCACCACCAGCGCCAUUCCGCGGCCAUUGGCGUGAUCCCGGUGCCUCACGGUCCGGAGACGGGCCAGGAGCAUGAGGACUACCCUCAGGAACACACCACCGCGCAUGAGCGCGAGAUCUUUGGUCACGUCACACGCCCCGACGACUCGUAUACCCCCGACGGCGUCUACUGGGCCGAUUUGCCCUGGUGGAAGCGCGUCCAAUUCGUCAACAAGGUCGACCGCGAUGAGGCCGCUAAGGAGCUUAGAUCCAUCGGGGAGAUGGUGAAGAAGGAUCCCCUUUCUCCUCUGGGGUGGUAUUUCCGCAACGCUGUCCUGCCCGGAGCCGGUCUCGGUCUCGAGGGUUACGUCCUAUUCUCCAUUGGUAACUUACAGCCUCUUUUCGCUGCCGUUUGGCCCGAGUGCUGGGGCAAGAAAUACGCCGUUUGCUCGCAGAACUGGGUUGCCUCUGUUACAUAUCUCGAGAUUGUCGGUAUCAUGAUUGGCCAAGCUGCUGUUGGUGUCAUUGGUGAUUGGAUCGGUCGUCGUUGGGGUCUCAUUCAGGAUGCUGCCAUCAUGUUUGUUGGUCUGCUACUCUUGACCGGCUGCUGGGCCAGCUCUCUCCAGGGCUGGGUCAUCUUCUACGCUUGGUCCCUAUUCUUUUACGGUUUUGGUGUUGGUGGUGAAUACCCCAUUACUGCCACCUCCUCUAUGGAGAACGCCGUCACCGCCGGCCGUCUGUCUACUCGCGAAGAUCGCCUUCACCGUGGCCGCAAGGUCACCAUGGCUUUCCUGAUGCAGGGUUGGGGCCAGCUCAUCAACCAGGUCGUUCUCAUCGUCCUUCUCGUCAUCUUCAACCGUGGAUACGGCAAUGGACCUUACACCGAGUCCGCCGCCCAGUACACAUUCCGCCUCUCUUUCGCUUUCCCCGCCAUCGGUACUCUGUGGCUCGUCUACUACCGUACCUGGAAGAUGCCGCGCGCAAACCAACAGCUUGCGCUGGCUAAGAAGAAGCAGGGCGUCACAGGUUACGAUGUGAACGCUCUGAAGUACUGCUUCCAGCACUUUGGUGGUCGUCUUUUGGCUACUGCUGGUACUUGGUUCUGCAACGAUGUGUUCUUCUACGGCAACAAGCUUUUCCAGGGUCAGUUCAUCUCGGUCAUCUCCAGCAACCCCAAUUCCCUCUUGACAACCUGGACAUGGAGCGUGAUCAACGUCGUCGUCUCCCUCGCAGGCUACUACCUCGCCUCCUUUUUCAUCGACAACAAGCUAUACGGCCGCAAGAUGAUGCAGCAGGUUGGCUUCUUCAUGUGCUUCGUCAUGUUCGUCAUCCCCGCCUUCAAAUUCGAGUACUACACAAGCCCCGCUGGCAUCCACGCAUUCCAGGCCAUGUACUUCCUCAGCUCCUUCUUCAACCAGUUCGGACCCAACUCGGUUACCUUCCUCGUUGCCGGUGAGGUUUUCCCUACCCCUAUCCGCGCCACGGCCCACGGUUUCUCCGCCUGCAUCGGCAAGGCCGGAGCCCUCCUCGCCUCCGUCCUGUACAACUACAUCGACACCCAGACCAAGUUCUACGUCGUUCCUUGGUUCGGUCUCGCCGGUAUGGUCCUCACCUUCUUUUUCCUGCCCGACACCACCGGUCUCGAUCUCAAGGAACAGGAGCGUCGCUGGACGUACAUCCGCAGCGGAAAGGAGUCUGAGUACCACGGCGUCGCCGUGCACCCCACUCAUCUCAGCGUUUGGGAGCGCCUCCGUGGCGUUGGCAAGUACUACGACGCCGAGAAGGAUCACAAGGCUCAGAUCGAGGACAUGCGCAAGGAGUGGGAGGAGAGACAGGCCAUGCAGGGCGAGAAGGAGCCCGAGGUCUGGGAAGAUCCCGAGCUCUUUUCCGAGGCUAUGCACGGCUACUUCAAGGAGCAGCACAAGGGCAAGUCCCAGGGAGGUCUUAUGCACGACGCCGAUGUAUCCGAGUCCUCAUCGGCGCGGGAGAAGGAGACGGGCGACGAGAUCCAGCCCAGCCCUAUUCUGGGAGCGAGGCAUGAUCUUGAUGAGAAGAGAGGUUAA